AAGAGGUAAUCCAAACAUUUUGAUGUACAAUCUGCAGUUUCAAAUACCAGUGAGAUUUGAGAUUUCUGGACGUAGAUAGGACGUUAUCUAGAACGUUAUAAACAGUUAAACAACUGGUGCAUUCCGAUAACCUUAUGACUCUGCACUGAUAAAACCAUAUACUUGAUCACCAUUGUAUCUCGAGUUGAAGUUUAGUAUCAGUUCAUAAAAGCAGAUGCGAAAGUUCCAUUAAUCCAAACUACAAAAAUACAGAGUACAGAAAAUCUAAUUUCAAGGAAUACCAUAGUUUACCAUCAAAGAGGAUAGUGCAUGAAUACCUUGGUCUAACUCAGAUUAAUGCAGAUACCUAAAUAAUUGCAAUACAGGUUAAAUUAAAAAUACAUGAUGCAGAGAAGUAAAAGCAUGCCGUUUCUUCCAAAUGUUCCAAGAAGCAGGGGCAGGGGUCAAAGAAGGGGGAGGAGAAGAGGAGCAGGUUGGUCAAAUCCCAGCGCCCAGUGUACAUGUGAUGAUAGUGACAAUGGGUUGCCCUCGAGCAGUGACAACAAUUACUAUCACCAGACUCGCCCUCCCAAAAGAAGCAUAAGUCGGGAUGAAGACAGUUGGAGUUCUUCAGAGUUGCCCAUUUUCGAUUUUUUAGUAAAAUCGGUAGGCGGUAGUGCCAGUGUUUCAAGAUUAAAGGAGGACUUUUACGACCUGCAAUCUAAUUUUGACGAGUGGAUCUUGGACCACAAGGAAAGGCUACUUGUCUACAAACAAGAAAACUCCCCUCCACUUUACAUUGGGCCUUUCCUCAAGGAAGCCACUCUUUGUGCAGAUCACAUGGAACAAAAUAGCAUUUGUGACCGAGUGAACUGUAACCAAUUUCAUAUUUGCAAAUUCUAUCUGAAUGGUUGGUGCAGACUUGGAUAUAAAUGCAGAAAAGGACAUGGCUUUGAAGAUGCGCACAAUGGGAGAUUAAAAGAAAAGCUUGGAUUAUCCAAAUAUACCAAUAAGGAAAUGAAAGUUAUACUUCUAAAUAGAUACCCUCAAGUGUGUAACAUUAGAGACUGCAAUGCUGGGGAAGUUUGUCCAUAUCUUCAUAUUUGCUACAACUUUAUCAGGAAUAGAUGUAAUAACGAUUAUUGUCGUGAAGGACAUUCGUUUGAUACGCCACAUAACAAGUGGGUACUGUCGGUAUACAGAAUGGAGAGAUGGCCGAAGCAAAAUCUAUCUUUACUUAAGGUUUUGAUCAACAAGCCACAAAAACCACAAAAAUCACAUUUUCUCCAGCUAACCAGUAUUUCUUCUGCCAUUUGCAAAAUCGAACAGGAACAAUCACUAAACAGUGUGAAAAGACCGGAUGCCCAUAAGGUACACAUUUGUUUGAGUGGUUUGACAGGGGGCUGUCAGGAAAGGGACUGUGAUAAACACCACACCCGGCUCCCCUACCUCUGGCAGAUCCGUAUCUAUGGAGACUGGGUCAGCUUUGAUGACGAAGAAAACCAGAAACUGGAAAAAAGUUACUGCAGUCUAGAGGACACGGUAGUUGCAAAGAUUAUGGCUCGGAAUGAGAGUUUCGAAAUCAGAGUGCAAUUUGCAAAAGAUUAUGGAAUCAUAGAAAAGUCUGGUGGAAAACCACUAAACACAUCUUGCCCGUUGGAAACACGACGACUAUCUACUACUUCUUUUGCCACGGAAGACUCACCUCUGACAUCGGGCUCAUUCCACACUCAGUGGAGGUGGUACUUCCUAGAUGACUUCCGGCGCUGGAUCCUGUAUGAAAAGGAUGAAUUUCAAUACACAUUAGAAAAGAAAUACAUAAUGGGACAAAAAAAUUACCUAUUCACCCGACGAAAUCACAGACACCAAUACAGGAUUGAAUUCGUCGACUGGACACAGCUAAACUAUGUCACCUCCAAACUUCGCUUGAUUGCAAGACGACCGAAAUUUGUGUGCCUCUCUGAUGUUUUAACAAAGUCAUUUCCUAAGUUUCUGAAUGUACCUGCACUUGAACCACACCCUCAGGUGUGGGAUCCAAUGGAUAUAACGCAUGACUUUGAAUGGGUUGACCUAGAUAAAACAACACCAGAAUUCAAAGAGAUAAAGAGUUCUUUCUUCAAGACACUUUGUGAAAACCGUUUUCAGAUCUGCAAUAUCUACCGCAUUCAGAAUCUGGUGCUUUGGAAAGAAUAUGAAAUGAAAAAAUCAAAUAUGGAAAGAGUUCUCGCUAAAAAGGAGAGUAGUGUUGAUGAAAGAAGUCUCUUUCACGGUACUGAUUCAGUUGACACUUGUUAUGGUAUAUGUACCAAUAAUUUUGACUUUCGACUCAGCGGGAAAAAUGCAACUGUAUACGGGAAAGGGUCGUACUUUGCAGUAUCAGCAGCUUAUAGUAAUUGCUACACAGAAGGGUGCACUCGAUUUAUGUUUAAAGCUAGAGUUCUGAUUGGGAAAUAUACCAACGGGAGAGAGGGCAUUACCUGUCCUCCAACAAUUCCUAGACAAGGCCACACGAGAUACGAUUCCUGUGUUGACAAUAUCAGAAACCCUUCUAUUUUUGUUAUUUUUGACAGGAACCAGUGCUAUCCAGAGUUUUUGAUUGCAUAUAAAGAACACAAUUGAAGGGUGGUUCUUGGUAUACUAGUAUCUUUGAUGCUUUUUUUAUAAACGGAAGUGCAAUAAGGAUUUGUACAUGUGUAUACUAGUAAUUUGCAUGACACAAUCAGCAUAUGUAAUUUGUCAUAAAAACAGUCUGUUUUUUUGUUGUUUAAAUGUGGUGAUGCAUCAUUUUCAGAUAUGUGAAAUGUCAUUUAAGCUGUAAUUUGUAAUUAUUAGAAUCAAGUAGUUGAGUACAAAACUGAUUAACUUCCGAAAAUGAGAACAAGCACAGAUGUCUUUACUUUGAAGAAAUGUUAAAAUUGCUCUCAUGAUUCACCCUGGGCACUUCAAAGUGGACAAUUUCUCCACUCCAGAUAUUCCUCAUAUAUUUACAUCCAAUAAAUAAUUACUCCUUUAUUUCUAAAUAAAACCAUUGCGGUUUAUCAGUUUAUGAACAACACUAUAGGCAUAUCACCUGUACAGAUUUAUUGAUCAGUGGCUGUUCCAUCAAUGAAACGUACUCUGACGUGCAUAUCAAUAAUUAAUCUUCUUAAUUCUACUUUAAAUGAUUAUUUAUACAGAUAUUAAUAUAAACAAUAAAAUGUCUUUCUUUGGUUAGUACGGGAG